AUGGCUUCAACGUUGACUUUGCUGGUCCUUUGCCAAGUAGCUUUAUACACCACUGUAACAUCCAUUAAAGUAUGUGGCCGACCUCUUGUCACUGACGGGAUUGACAAGUUGACCCUAAAACGUGUGUAUGAGUUUGGAGAAGAGGUGACCCUCACAUGUGGACAGGGGUACUUGCCUUCAACAGUGACCCCUCGAAGGAUUACCUGCACCAACACAGGAGAAUGGACACAGUCUGACCUAACAUGCUCCCCUAAGAUGUGCCCAAUCCCUAGACCUCUGCAGCCAUUAACAAUGGGAAGGACAGAGGCUCCAUUCAACAGUGUGCUUAACUACACAUGUGAUGACGGGUACGUCAUGCAAGGAGCCAAUGAGAGCCGGUGUUUACAUGAUGGCACCUGGAGUGAUCCACCACCUCUCUGUAAAGCUGUGAACUGUCAGCUGCCCAAGCCACCUAGAGAUGGAAGAAUUACCCAUGAUAAGCCAGUUACUGGAAGCACCACCAUGUAUGGGCAAGGCUGGACAUACGAGUGUAACCCGCCUAAGGCACCAAGUUAUGAGAGGGGAUCCUGCAUGGCUGAUGGAAGUGCAACUGAGCCACCGGUGUGCCAAGAGGUGAGCUGCACCAUCCCAACAGGCAUACCAAAUGGCUUCAUCACCUUUGCUGUGAAGAGACAACAUGGCUACAAGGAAAAGGUUAAGUACGCCUGCAAUGAGCAUUAUAUUCUGGAUGGUGAGGCUGAGAUACAGUGCCAAAACACGGGAAACUGGUCUUCCAAGCCAGUUUGCAGAGCUCCAUGUACAGUUGACAUCAAAAGAGGCCGUAUCUUCUACAAUGCCAAGAAGAUCUGGAUUUCAGACCUGAAACCCAACAGAGUCCUCCAUGGAGAACAUGUUGUCUUCUAUUGUCUGAACAGAGCUGAGAGGUGUGGCUACCCUGUGGCCAGCACUUGUAACGAUGGAACCCUCCCCAUCCCAGAGUGCUUUGAGGAACCAGGCAAGGUGGAGUAUAACUUAAGGUCCAAAACCCUUCCAUCAGAAAUCGCAAUGUGUGCUGCUUCCCCACCUGCAAGCCCCACAAGCCCUGCAAGACCUGCAUAA